GCGCCCCGAGACUCGACGCUGCCCGGAGGCGCCCGCGGCCUGAGCCCCAAGGGGCCGUGGGGUCUCCCACCCGGCCCGAACGCCCCGCGCCCCGCGCUCGCCGCCCCGGGCUUUCGCUUCGGCUCCCAAGUAGUUAAAUGCCCUUGAGCGCGGGUUUCCGCGGCCCGGCUCCCAGCCCCGGCAGCGCGAGUUGAGCUGUUUCCCCGCGCCGUCCGCCGGCUCCAGCGCGGCCGCCACUCACUGCUCACGCGUCCAUGUGUAGCCACAUAGUUAUCUAUGUACAUCCACGCUGGGGCAUUUUCCUCCUGCUUAAUGAGGACUUGACUCGGGAGCAAGUGUGAAUCACUGCCGGGCUGGAAAAGGAGGAAGGCGGAUUUAACCCCCUCCCACCCCGCUCCAUGUCCGUGUGUCACUCGGCUGGGUCUACCUGGUGCGGCCGGUCCUGGGGCUGCUGCUGCCGCUGACGACGACGGGGGCUGCUGCUGCUGCUGCCGCUGCUACCGUCCCGGGAGUUCUCUCCGGCUUCGGCCACACAGGUCCUGGGGAUUGUUCUCUUCGCUCGGAACCUCGGUCAGGCCGGCACUUUGGCUCCGAAAUAACUUAUUUUUUGGAAGGCAUAUCACGAACCAAUCAAGAUCGUUAAGGUUGAUUGCUGUACCUUGAAGAGUUCUCCUUUUUGUUUGUUGUUGUUUUUUUGUUUUUGUUUUUGCCCCCGGUAAACAUCUCUGGGUGUAUAUCAAACGGCAAGAUGUCCAGUAAUGUCCCGGCAGAUAUGAUAAAUUUGCGCCUCAUCUUGGUAAGCGGGAAAACAAAAGAGUUCCUGUUUUCUCCUAAUGAUUCUGCUUCUGACAUUGCAAAGCAUGUGUAUGACAAUUGGCCAAUGGACUGGGAAGAAGAGCAGGUCAGCAGUCCAAAUAUUCUACGACUUAUUUAUCAAGGACGAUUUCUGCAUGGAAAUGUCACAUUAGGAGCAUUAAAACUUCCUUUUGGCAAAACAACGGUGAUGCAUUUGGUGGCCAGAGAGACGUUGCCAGAGCCCAACUCUCAAGGUCAGAGGAAUCGUGAAAAGACUGGAGAGAGUAAUUGUUGUGUAAUCCUGUAAACACUGUCCGCUACGUGUGCUGUGAUGUAGUCUUUGUCUUUCAUGCUGCUGGGACGGAAGAGACCCAACAUUGCUUCAGAAUCCCUUAGGAAGAGUCUGCCUGUAAACCCAUGGAACUGAAUGAUCUCAUGAACACUGUCAUCUUCUCGCAUCAGAGUAAAAAGAACCAAGAACAUUUUUCACUACGAUUUUUUAUUUCUAGUAUCUUUGUUUAUGUUGAGCAGUUUUAAAAUAUGUUGGUUUGUGAAUGCUGUCAAUCUCCGGGGGCAGAGUUAACAAGUUAUCUUUCCUAGCAGAAGCCAUUUUGCUGCCACAGAAACGUUCACACCAGAACUAACAAAUCAAUAUAGUUUGCACUAACAAAGAUUGACAUUAUUUUCUUCAUCAGCAGAAUUUGCAACAUGGUUUAUAGCACCUAGAAAUGCUCAGAAAUACAAUAUUCCACACUGGAAAACAUUCAGCAAUUAAUGGAGUUAAUUAGUGGGCCAACUGGAGAGGGAGAAAUGGAAGAGAAACUGAAAUGUCGGGGGCGUUCUCUCAGAGUCAGCCCCGGUGGCCGCACUGGCACAGAACACACAACUGAGUGUGACCGUUUUCAUCGCAACACAUGGAAAAACAAAAUGUGCCUGCUGUUUAAAGUACUCAGCGGAGAGCUGAUGAAACAAAUUGCUUUUCCUUUCACACACGCACUCCUCAGUCACGCGGUCACUGAGUGCUUGUCCGCACAGCACAAAAGGGGUGCGAGUGCGCUUCCUAGCCUUAACGUGGGAGGGUCAGUUCCAUACUCGUAGACUUGCAUUGCCGCGCAGAGAUAAUAGAAAACCUCAUUUACUCAUCAGUUUAAUGUAUUUGAAGAUCAGCAAAUUGAAUUUUUCCAUAACUAUUGCUCGUCUGUAACUGUGUCCAGUGUCACACUCACUCAUUAGAGUUCAAAUGAAUUCUUAAAAUUAAAAUAGUUCUCCAUAGUAACUAAUUUUAUUUCUUUAUGUAGUUUGCAUUUGGUAUUAGUGCUUGCAAUUGUAUUAAAAUCAAAAGCUGACUUUUAAGGCAUACUACAUGAUUAAGGAUGCCAUUCUUUUGUUUUGUACCAAUAAUUUAAAAAUUGAUAUGCUAAACCAAUUUGCACAGCACUAAAGCAUGAGCUAGUUUCAUCUAAAUCUGUAAAAAUAUAAAAGAUUUUAUAUUUUUUCACUGGGAAGAAAUUCUUCCUGGAUGAAAUUACAAAUAUGUGUAGAAUAUAUUUAAUAAAAAACUUAUAAAAUACCUAACUAUAGAACUUAAAUAUAGAUUGGCGUGUAGUAUAUAGAACAAUAUUCCAUAUAAAUAACUUUAGCCUUUAUAAAAAUGAAGUUGCAGGCUGACAUUAUGUUCUGUACUUAAGUAAGUGUCCAUGGCCCUUAAAAACAUUCAGUGUAAAUGGUUUCAAAAGGUCAGCUUUGUCUAAAGGUAAUCAGGUUAUUUUGUUCAUUGUCAAUGCUUUGAUGAAAAGGCUUUAGAUGCAGUAGAUCUACAAAAAUAUUGUUCAUACUGAUCAGAAUUAAAUUUGUAUAGAGCAGAGUUUUAAAACGAAUGUAAAUAGCACUAAACAUUUUCUUUCUGCAACCUGUACUUAGAGAUUCUUUCUGUAAA